CCUUGCUGUGGCGGCGGAAAAGUUCAAGAACGACCGACCACACGGAUACCUUUCCAUACGGCUUUUUCUGUCUCGAAAGUCUCGUGAGCGUUCGCUGGCACCAAAGUGAAUAGUCAUUGAGUGGCGACUGUUUGAUUGCAAAUAGGACGGGCCUUAUCUGCCCGGCUUGCCUGAUUUGAGAGAAAGUCUGCAUCAUGGCUGCCACGCUCCCACGUCCGGCUGUCCUGCCGUACUCCAGCGGGUGGCAGUCGUGUUCAGCUUCAGAUCGUUUUUCACUUGAGACUGUCUCCUCUUCGCCAGCGCCAUCAACCACUAGCGGCAACAGCACCACGGCGGAGAGCUUCGCCAGCACUACGCCCACCAAUAACCCGGACCCGUCUACACCAAGUGGGACUGAAUCACAACCAGCACCAAACCAACACCAGCAGCAGCAUGUCGGUUCCAACAUGUCGCAAAGCGUCGUCUUGGUCCAUUCAAGAGGGCUGGAGUAUAACCAUCCAGUUCCGACGUCGAUGCAAGAUAUUACCUGGUAUCCGAUGCAAGAGUCACCGCAAUCUGAAGACGGUGUGACGAGGUCUUCCCCCGAGAUGCUCGUAGCCGUAUGGCCGACAACAACAACAACAACAUCAACAACAACAUCAACAAGGACAACAUCAGCAACAGAUGGGCGCAGCCGACAACCAUCUCAGAAUGUCAGCAUCAGCGCGUCCGCCGAGACACCCUUCAUCCACAUCCCACGAUGCAAGCUUUCCAUCACUGAUUUUGACGACGUUCGCCAACCGUUACCUGCAGCAGGAAGAGGUCCCUAUCCGGGACACGGAAGCAUCAAGAUCGAGCAGGUCGCCCUGCCGCGAGCCGUAGUGCAGCAAUUCCUCUCUGGCAUCCGCCUGCCCAACGAGCUUGCUGGUGGUGUGGACGUUGACGUCGCCUUUCCCCGCCACUUUGAUGACGACGAUGAGUGGGUGCAGUCGCGGUGCAUCUUGUCAGACUUUUCUGAGCUGGACGAGGAAGAGGCGGCUCGGCUGUCCAGCGAGGGGAGGUUGUGCUGCUGGGGAAGCAUCAUAUUGAUGAGGGAUGGAGAGCAUGGAUGGGACCUGGGAUUCGUGGUGCACCGAGUGUUGACUUGUGGAUGCGGUGGUCGAUGACGGGUCAUCAUCCAUUGUCACUUCCACCGACGGCACACACUUUUCACGGUACACGUAGCAUCCCAUUAUAUUGACCGUGUCGAUUCCGGGAAUUUGGCGGUUUGUUUCUCUUUCCUUCUGGGUCAACAGG